AUGUCGAGUUCCCAGUGGAGGUCGACUGUUCUCUACCCCAACAUCCUCAACUCCAGAUCCAACUCGUACGAGGUCGAGGAGUCCGAUGCGAAAGGACUGGUUACUCUCAACGAGCAGCGCAGCCGCCGAUCCUCCUCGUCAACGCCGCCCUCGCCCUACGACGAGGGGCCCGACAUCCCCUUCCACGCUGCUACUACGACUACCCCUACUACUACUGUCACUGGGCAUACCCCCGUGACGGCGGCGACGGCGAACAACGACACCAAAACCACCGCGGAGCCCGACAACGACGACGACAACGACAACGAUACUGACACCGACACCGACAACACCGACAUCCCGAACCCAUUCUCCAUCAACUCCAAGCCCAUCAAAGGCCCCCCGAUCCCCUUUCCCCGGUACCUGCAGGCGGAGAUCGCCAAAUGGCACGAAUCCACCCGCGGCCAGCGGCGGAAGAAGCGCCCGCCGUUCUCCUACCGCGGCGAAGGAGUGGUCCGGGAAUCCAGGGUCUUCAAUCGCACCGGCCAAGAGCUCCAGCUCUGCCAGUAUCCCCUGAAUAGUCCGCGGACCAACGUGCUGGUGGCGUAUGAGGCGGCGCCGGCGGCGACGGCGGGGGGCCCGCGGACAACAAGUUCCGAGUCGGCGUCUGCACCAGCAGGAGGGAAGAUCGUGGUUUGCAGCCAGCCCCACUCGACCCCGUUCGGCACGUUUCUUCGACAAUGGACGCCGGCCGAGCAGGAUCCCACGCCGCCAUCGUGCGCGGUGCGCGUCUGGCGGAUGAAGUCCGGGCAGGAGAUCGUCUACGACCCGGCGGCGUGGGAGUUUAUCGAUGGCCGUCGAGAGCGGCAGCAGGAAGGAGGAGGAGCCAUGGCCACGGCUGAUGCUCAGCAACGGCCGCAGGAGAGGAGAGCUAGUGAAAGGGGCCAGCGCCAGCCCGCCAGGUCGGCGAGAUCGAAGUCUGCGCAGAAGCAGCAGCGGCCGCAGCGGCCGCCGCAGAAAGUAGUCGCGAACACAACUCGAGUGGCCAGUAUAUUCUCGGACACAGAUGAUCCCUCCCCCCUGUCCGAGGUUGUCGACGACACGGAUGAGGAGUUAUCCUCGGCGAGUGAGCCCAUCCAGCAGACCCGAAGGUUGCCAAAGAGACAGCAACCACCUGCCCCGACGUCGCCGCCGGUCCCGGUUCCAGUCCCGAAAAGGCGCAAACCGAAUCAUGCGGACCCGCUGUCUCUGCGCAAGGUGACCGGCGGCUUGGUGUUCGUGCUGUGCUCGGAGGACAAGCCCAAACGGUUCAUAUUCGUGGCCACAUGCAGCACGGUGGAUGACCUCUUUGCGCAAGCCCUCGGUUUCUUUCGCCUCCACUACAAGCUCACGGAGCUCAAGUAUCUUUGUUGCGAGACGGAGUCGCACGGCGAGGUGUGGCUUCCGCGGGGCGGUCACGAUGAGUUUGACUAUAUGAUCUGGGUGGCCUUGGAUAGCUUGAAAGGGAAGGACAAUAUUCCGGCUGUGGAGAUCAAGGUCCGACCGGUUAUUAAAUCUUGAGGCCCGAGAGAGAAGAACAGUGCGGCUUCUCGCUGGGUGCUCGCUCAUUGCUGGCGCCUUCUUUGAACAUAUCUUCGUAACCCGUAUGGAUGCUUGAAAAUCGACCGGUCAAUUCGAGAUCUACCCGGUUCUCAAUGCACGCUGGUAUCUAUGUAGUGGUACAGGACAACUGGCCGACUCCGAAGCAUGACCGAGAAGGAAACCCGCCCGCAAAGGAAUCACUCUUGACACGGUGCAGUGGAUGCCUGGCAAGAAAAACCCUAAAAGAUUAAGUGUACAACAGUCUAAACAAUAUGCACUCG